CAACCGUAACGGAAAACUAAUUUUUUUUCCUACAAACCAAACGCUAAAGAGCGUAAAACUUCUUUUCCUCCGAAAAAAAAAUUUUUCACCGAAAAUUUUUUUUCACAGUUUUACGUGGAACCAAACACACCGUUAACUAUUGUUGGAUUUUAUUAUGCUGCUUACAACUACAGGGGAGCAAGUACAAGCAUGGGAGAGAAAUCGCGAAAGAAAGCGGUGAAGGCUACGAAAUUACCAUCUACGAGCAAUAUUAAUUCCUCGUCUGCCUUCGAGAGAAGCACAGACGUUGUUUUUCCCUCGCCUAUACUCAAUAAUAGAUUUGUUUCGAAUAAUCAUGCAGAAGGGGAGAAUAAAUUCAAAAAUAUCGGGCAAAUAUCCUGCGUUAAAGAUUUGCUUGCAACUGGUUUGCUUGAAGGAGAACCCAUCACUUACACCUUUAAGAAAUAUGAAAUCGAACUCCGUGGAUUCAUAAAAGGCAAUGGAUACCAGUGCGGUUGUUCAUCAUGCAACUAUAAUCAAAUUUUAUCAGCUCUUGAGUUUGAGAAGCAUGCAGGAGCCACGUCGCAUAACCAAAACAACCAUAUUUGUUUGGAAAAUGGAAAGAGCCUAUAUGAAGUGGUUAAAUACUUAGAAAAAGUCCCCCCUGUGCUUUUAUACGUUGAGGUUCUCAAUGUUACUGGGCUAAGGAAGAAGAUGAAGUUUAGGAACAGCGAUGAAUUGUUGAAAGCUCAAGCGACUCACGCUUCAGUUGAAAAGCCUAGCAACUACCAGGCUCUCAGAAGGUGUUGUUCUUACCUUCGUGCGAAGAUGGACUUGAUUGAUAAACUCAUUAAAAUCAACUGUGACCGAAUAAGUAAUUAUACUAGGGCUAUAGUUUAUAAGUAUUUUUAAUCAUUAGUAUGUCCUAUUUGUGAGGCUCUUUUAUUUUUUAAAUUUAUUUGAGAUUGUUUGCAGAUCAUAAUGUAAUGCACCUAUGUUUGCUUGAAACCAGACUCAUAUUGGGCUAGGUUAGUUUGUCCAUAGUUGAGAAGG